AUGAGUUUUCUCGAAUUUGUGAAUGCGAAGUAUGACGAAUUGCUAGAGAUGUUGAAGAGCUCAAAGGAGGAAAGAAAGGCUUUGAAAGAUGAGAAUAAGAUUUUGCACGAUGAGAAUAAGAUCUUGAAGACUCGUAGAGAGUGUGUAGAAAUCCGAGGAAUCCCUGUUGCUGCUACUCCAUCAGAAGAGCAAACUAAUAAUGUUGUGACGGAUGUCGGUAAACUACUGGGAAUGGAUAUUACUCAAAAUGACAUUUCAGUGAGCCAUCGAAUGCCUCAAAAUCAAAAACACAAAGGCAAGCCUGGACCGCCAGCUAUUAUCGUCAAAUUUACUAUGCGUGAUGUCAAAGAUAAUUUCUAUCGUGCAAGGAAGCAGCUCAAGGACUUAACAACGCGAGAUCUUGGAUAUUCCGAGAAAAACAAGAUCUAUCUUGCAGAGAGCCUGACAGAAAGGAAUCGAAUGUUAUUCAAAGAUUGUUUGAAGGUAAAGAAGGAUGUGGAGUUCAAGUUCAUUUGGACUUUACAUGGAAAAAUCUUAAUGAGAAAAGACAAAGAAUCUGCUGUUCACCAUAUUAAUAACAAAGGGGAUCUUCAGAAGAUACAAUCUAGAUAAGUAUUUAUUUUCUGAACUUUAACGAUUUGAUGAACUGUUUAAAAUGUGUAACUGACACUAGUGAUAUGGCCUGUGAUUUGGCCAAUUCACUUCCAUCUUUAAUUAUCAAUUCUCCUAGUAACAUUCCGCACCUCACUGAUUUAGAUGCUGACCUAAACAUGCCUUUGGAAAACAAUUUUUGUUUCUAUAGUACUCAUGAUUUUCAUAGUAAAUAUGACAUCGACGAGUGUCUAUUGAGUGGUCAAUCUUUUUCUUUG